CACCCUUGCCGUACUUCUUUAUACGUCUCUUUGCUCUGAGAACCCAGUUACUCGCGAUCCCAGACGUGGUCAAGGAACGUCGCGCAUCAUGGCGACCUGGACUCCCAAGAUCAUAUCACCGGACAAGCUAUCUGCUAAGGAAUUUAAGCAUCUGCUUUCGGAAUACAAACCUCUCAUCGAAUCCAUUUCGUCCACCAAAGGCGCCAAGCCUGGCCAAAAGACCCUGGAAGAACUGGACCAUUUCCGAUUUGUUGAGGCCCCGACACAGUUUUCUGAGUAUGAGCCGAAGCGGGUAAUGAACCACGAUGACGUGAAACUCUUAGUGGAAUGGAAGCUCCGCCAUGGGACAUUUCGUCCAACGCUGAUGAAAUUGGUGUCAUCCAACGAUUCUUCAGCUGUUUCGGAGACUAUUCAGAACGCCGUUGCGAGCUAUCACAAUACACCGGACCUUUCAGCGGCUUUGGGCAUUCUGACCAGGUUGAAGGGCAUCGGUCCCGCAACAGCCUCGCUUCUUCUUGCGGUACACUUUUGUGAGAAAGUCAUGUUCUUCUCCGACGAGGGGUACUACUGGCUGUGCAACAAGAACCAAAAAGCAUCAGUCAAGUACAACAUGAAGGAGUACGAGUCUCUCAAUGUGGAAGUAGAAAAGCUCACGAAAAGACUCAACGUGUCCGCCUUAGACGUGGAGAAAGUAGCCUACGUCAUCUUCAAACAGGAAGGCAUUGACCCCAAGCUGGCGCUCAAACGUAGCCUGCCAAAGGUUGCAAAGACGGACGCGACGAAGACAGAGGCGGCAGCACCGAAAAAAAGGAAGAAGAGCCCCGAAGAUGUAGUUGAGGACAAGAUCCCGGUCAGAAGAUCGAAACGCGGGAAGGCUGCGUAAUAAGCUUAAAAUGGUCAGCGUUCGGACGGUGAAAACCGGGCCUGUUCGAAACACGGCAGAUGGGAACGACAGCCCGGAUGAUAUGAUCCAAUCCGCGUCGACGGAUCUGCUCGAGGUUGGCCUCCGAUGCAUGCGUCUACAACCUGAAGGUGUGGUGAACGUUGCAUCAAGUAUCCCAGGACUGGGCUGAACGGAGACUGGUCUUAAAAAUCCGAGUUAAUUCUCUCAUCAUGCGGCUACUUUUCACUUGUCAGUCGACUCUCCCAUUGGUCU